GUCUGACAUUUAAGUUUUCAUACUUGAUUUAUAGUGAAGGAUCAAGUAUAUCAGUUCCCAUAAAGAAUUCAACAGACUCACCUGAAAACACCAUUGUUUUUGUUACUGAUUCCGAUUUUCCCUUGGUUCCAAGCGAUGGAGAUCGAUUUAUUUGUCGUGAUAUUGAUGUGUCUCACGCGUUUUAUCUCUUCCAGUGCUUCGUUAAGGAAAAAACCAACACUGAGAAGCUUAUCGUCGAAUCUCAUGUCCACCAUAUUCUGUCAUUGUCAUGGAUUUUACUGUUGAAAAAGAAUCGUAUGCACCUUGAUAUUCAGCAAUUUGUGAGCAAUAACGUAGUUUGUGACAUUGUUUCUGAUGCCCAAAACCAAUGGGGUACAGCAAACAUCAUGUUUCCCAGUUCUUUGAUGGUAAAUUUAAUGGAUGUGGCAAAGGGCCUCCAAGCCAGGAAAAUUGACCGUAUUGACGCGUGCAUGUCUGUGCUAUCUUUGGCCAAGGAUGCUGACAGGCUGGACAAAAAGAUAAUACUUUUAAUUCAUCAUAUGCAGACGGUGAUUCUCAUUCUACUCUACAGGCUUCUCAUGCUUCCCUUUGAGGCUGUAAUGCAUCCCAUAAAUGAAUCCGAAUAUUGUACCCGAUACCUAUUACCCACAUUCCAAUGUUUGUUUGACGAUGACCAACGUUCCGUGAAACUACGAUGGACAAGCACAGAAGCCGUGGAUGAUGAAUCAAAACCAGACUGCUUAAUCAGUAUCAUGACUGCCAAUUAUGUAGCAUGCAACAUUGGAUUUGGUGAGGUGAAAUCCGAAUCUGAAUCUAAGGAUCAUCGAAAAGCCAAUUUUGAUUUGGUACGCUUGGGCAUUUUUGCCAAAAACGCUAUUGACAAUGACUCUUUGACCGGUACUGUUGCAAUUCAUGCCGUUGGCACUCAUGCAUGUUUUUACCUUGUGCAACUGAAAGCUGAUGGACUUUAUACAAUGAUCGAACUUGGAAAUAUGAAUGUACCGUUAUCUAUCUGUGAACUCCAUGGAUACCUUGCUUAUUUGUCUGAUUUGAAAGUCAUACUCAAAGUGUUCGAGGAUCAAUGUCUUCCUAUAACCACAACUUCUUUUCCCAACCGCAAGAGAAAAUCAUACUCAUUAGAGAAAAUUGAUCCCAUAUUAACGAAGACCCGUGACCGUAAAAGGAAAAACAUAGUAUCGCAUCAAAAAUAAAUACACGAACUGUUAAUUUGAUUUGAGAUGGAUUGUUUUAAACAUUGACAUUCACUUCUUGACACAACCAAUCAGAUGAAUAUUUCCCUCGUUUUGCCUGAGGAAGGUGAAUAUUAUGAUAACCUUCCAGGUGAGCUAAAAGGCUUUGUUUCUGGGAAAAGUCAGUGGCUCGACAAAUAUAACAAGCAAGAACCAAAUGUAUUUUUCUUUUCAGUGAUGCCUCCAUAGCAACAGAAUUACAAAAAGAAAUUGUCCCUGAGUCCAAACAAACAA